AUGGCUGUAGAGCCAAGCCAGGCUAUCCCUCCUGCCCCUGAGGCCCAUGUUCCACGGGAGCAAGAAGAGUUCCUGAUAGUGAAGCUGGAGGAGGAUGCUGCCUGGGGACAGGAUUUGAUCCUGAGAGGAAACCACCUCAGAGCCCCCGAGAUGUUCCGGAGGUUCUUCAGGCAAUUCCGAUACCGGGAAGCUCUGGGGCCCCGCGGGGCCCUCAGCCGACUGCGGGAACUGUGCCGGCAGUGGCUGAGGCCCGAGGUGCACACCAAGGAGCAGAUCCUGGACUUGCUGGUGCUGGAGCAGUUCCUGACCGUCCUGCCCGGGGACAUCCAGGCCUGGGUGCAGGAGCAGCAUCCCAGGAGUGGCGAAGAGGCAGUGACCCUGGUGGAGAAUUUGCAGAGAGAGCCUGGGAGAGGGAAACCACUGGUCCCAGGUCUGGGGAAUAGGCGGGAAGUUCUCUCCAAGGGGUUGGUGCUGCCAGAAGCAGUGCAGGCGUCAUCCAGCCUCCCUCAGGAGCCAGCCCAGCCUCAGGAGAAGGGGCCCCAGAACCGUUCCCGACCACUCCAGGAGCAACUGAACUACUGGCAUUCCAAAAGGAGUCGCCUUCGAGAGAAUGUUCCUCCUGUUCCCUGGCUUCCUGCCCAUCCCUGGAAAGGGAGCUCCAAAGAGCAGGAAAUGGAGGCUGCACUUCUUCCAGCCAAGUUUCAGGGUUCUCUGUCGCUUGUGGACUCCGUGGUGAAUGGAGACUCCGAGCUCAAGGAUUCCAGACCCACAUCUUCUUCUGGUGCGGAGACGAGCGCCCAAGAUGGGGAGAAGGUUCAACCAGCAGGCCUGGAGGUGGUAGAACCUUCCGACGCUGCCUUGGAAAGCUCUGAAAGAGGCGUCUCGCUGAGGUCCGAGAAGGAAGAAGUCAGCGAAAGGGAGAGCAGUCAAGAAAGGCAAGGGGGGGACACCCCUGCGGAGAGUGGGGAGGAACCUCCUUCUCCGGGGAAGAACGAAUCCGGGGAAACGAGCAACGUCGAUGUGCUGCGGAAAUCGCCCAAGGAAGAACAGCCCCUGAUCUGUUCCGACUGCGGGAAGAGCUUCGGCCAGAUGUCCAGCUUGAGGGAGCACUGGAAAACCCACACGGGCAAGCGGCCCUACCGGUGCCAGUGCUGCGGCAAAAGCUUCAGCCGCAACUCGGUCCUGAAGCUCCACCUGCGAACCCACACGGGGGAGAAGCCCUACCAGUGCCCCGAGUGCGGCGAGCACUUCAGGCAGAGCUGCCACCUGACCAAGCACCAGCAGUUGCACGUCCUGGAGCGGAGCUUCCGCUGCGCCGACUGCGGGCAGGGUUUCCGGCGCCGGGCCAACCUGGUGCGCCAUUUGCUGGCCCACACGGGAGAGAAGCCGCCCAAGUGCGAGGACUGCGGAGACGACCGCCAGGGCCCGGCCCGCCCUCGGCCUCCGCCGGGGAACGCCAGGCCGAAGCCCCACCGCUGCGACGAGUGUGGCAAGGCCUUCUGGCGCCACGAGCACCUGCUGACGCACCAGCGGGUGCACACGGGCGAGCGGCCGUUCCGCUGCCCCGACUGCGGGAAGAGCUUCAGCCAGAGCUCGCAGCUGGCCAGCCACCGGCGCUCCCACACCGGGGAGAAGCCCUACGUCUGCGCCGACUGCGGCAAGUGCUUCGUCCGCCGAGCCGGCCUCGCCCGCCACCUGAUGAUCCACAUAGGGGAGAAGCCCUUCGAGUGCUCCCAGUGCGGAAAGAGCUUCAGCCAGAGCCAGGACCUCGUCCGGCAUCAGCGGAGCCACACGGGCGAGAAGCCCUGCCGGUGCAGCGACUGCGGGGAGCGCUUCAGCCAGAACGCGCACCUGACCCGGCAUCGCCGCAUCCACACCGGAGAGAAGCCCCACCAGUGCACCACCUGCGGAAACCGGUUCAGGAACAGCUCCAACCUGGUGCGGCACCAGAGGAUACACACCGGAGAGCGGCCCUACCGAUGCGACCAGUGCGGGAAGAGGUUCUGCCGCAACGCCCACCUGCUGCGCCACAUCCGGACCCACCUGGGGAAGGCGAGCCGGCUCAACGACGACUGCCUCGGGGACCUCGGCCGGCGAGGAGCCCCCCCGAAAGAGAACCUCCAGCAGUGCCCCAAAUGCGGGAAGAACUUCAGCCGGAAUUGCAACUUGCUCCGACACCAGGCGAUCCACACCGGAGAGCGACCUUUCGCGUGCACCGAGUGCGGGAGAAGCUUCAACCGAAACUCACACCUGCGGCGGCAUCUGAGGACCCAUUCCAGAGAGGUGCUCUAUUAG